AUGCGGCUACUCUUACUCUCACUUAGUUUCAUCUUUGCUCUCAUAAUUUUUCAAAGCGGCUUCCUUCUCAAGAGGAAAGAACUACAUAUGCGAAGUAAAUGCAGUGAUGCUAAAUUACCUCAUUCAGAAUGCUGGAUGCAACGACAGUUCAAGAAGGUUGUGGUCCUUCUCAUCGAUGCUCUCCGCUAUGAUUUUUUGAUUCCAUUAGAACAUGAUUCCCCAAAGUCCUUCUUUCGUGGGCAUAUGCCCGGCGUGAAAAAACUACUAGAUCGUGGAGCACGUAUAGGUUUAUUCCUAGCUGAUCCACCUACUACUACUCUGCAAAGAAUUAAGGCAAUUACCACAGGAACACUCCCUACGUUCAUCGAUGCC